UGGGGUUUUUUUCGUGUCUACGAGAUGGGUACGAGAAGGGACCGGGAUGUAUGUCGUCAGAUAAUGAGGUUGCGUUGGGAGGGGGGAAGAGAUUUCGCGAAGGUAGGUAACGCGAGAUAUAUCUAGGGUUGCGACCUUGACCUGACUUGGCUUGGUUUACGACGUAUUCAUCGUUACUCUGUAUAUUCAGACAAAGAUUCGUUUGAUUGUUUUCAUCUAUACCUCAUUCAUCUUCGCAUCCACGAGCAAACCACCAACAUGGCCCUUCAAAACACCAAAACAUACACCCUCUCCAACGGGCUCACCAUCCCUGCGGUCGGCUUCGGCACCUUUGCCAACGAAGGCUCCAAAGGCGAAACCUACGCCGCCGUCACAGAAGCCCUGAAAACCGGCUACCGUCACCUCGACUGCGCGUGGUUCUACCAGAACGAAGAAGAGGUCGGCGACGCCGUACGCGACUUCCUCUCCAAGACCCCCAGCGUCAAGCGCAGCGACAUCUUCAUCUGCACAAAAGUAUGGAACCACCUCCACGAGCCAUCCGAAGUGAAAUGGUCGCUGCAGAACUCGCUGGAGAAGCUGAAGAUGGACUACAUUGACCUGUUCCUCGUACACUGGCCGAUCGCCGCAGAGACAAACGAGCAGAACAUGCCCAAGAUCGGGGCCGACGGAAAAUACAUCAUCAAGAAAGACCUGACGGAGAACCCGGAGCCGACAUGGCGCGCCAUGGAGGAGAUCUACAAGUCGGGCCAGGCCAAGGCCAUCGGCGUGUCCAACUGGACCAUUGAGGGCUUGAAGAAGCUCCUCGCCCUCGCGGAGGUCAAGCCGCAGGUCAACCAGAUCGAAAUCCACCCCUUCCUGCCCAACGACGAGCUCGUCAAGUUCUGCCAAGCGCAUGAUAUCCUGCCUGCGGCUUACUCGCCCCUCGGAUCGCAGAACCAGGUCCCCAGCACAGGCGAGCAGGUGCGCACAAACACUAAGCUGAAUGAAGUCGCGCAACGCAGCGGGCACGAUCUCGGACAGGUGUUGUUGGCGUGGGGCCUACAAAGAGGAUACGUCGUCCUGCCCAAGAGCUCGACGCCGAAGCGUAUCGCGAGCAACUGGCUGAUUCCUGUGUUGAGCAAGGAGGACUUUGAGGCGGUGGAGGAGGUUGCGAGUGGCAGGCACACACGCUUUGUCAACAUGAAGGACACCUUUGGGUAUGAUGUCUGGCCGCAGGAGGCCAACGGCGAGCUUAAGGCCUAAGUUUGCUGGGGGAUUGUAUGACCAACAAUGAUAUGACGGCGUUUCUGAACUUUUUAGCGAUACCAGAAGUCGGAUUGCAGACUUGUAGAUUUUGAGCUCAAAGAGCAAUAGAUAGAUUUCAACUACAUUGUUUUGUCUCCAUAUCUGA